UCUUCACUUCUUAGGUACAACACAGUCUGACAGAGAGGGAUGUCCUCAUUGAAAUGAGCAGGCAGUGUACUACCUUAGCAGUCAUCUACAAAAUACAGGAAUUAAAAAACAGUUUGGAAGAAAUAAAGGAGGACAAGCUAACAAAAGAGCAGCUUGAGCAGAUUUUUCAGCUUCUUAUGGAUUGUACCAAAGCAUCUACUAUGCCUGUGAACUCCAGUCCUCUUCAGAGCCCAACACCCAUCCAAGCAGCUGACAGAGUUGCCUUCCUCCUGGAGUUGGCUCUGCUGGCCUUGCAAGUGAAGCAUAAGGAAUUAGCUGAUGACUGUUUGAAAGAGCUAAAGUCGUCGGGAGAGGCUAGUAUUGGCCAACACAUAAUUAUGGAAUGUAUCAACUGUGAGAAUAACCUCCUGAAGAGAGAGGCGAAGAUGAACGACUAUUCCAAAUCCAGUGUGGAGGCCCGGCUGAAGGAUAUUGGCAAGCUGGAUCAGUGGCUGCAGACUGCAGUGAGGGAGAGGGACCCUCAGGCCAUGCAGGCAGUUUGUGCUACCCAGUGGAGCCUCUGUCUGCCCCUCUUGCAGCACAACCUCAGGAAACGUAUCAAGACACCUCUGCUCAGGGUGGCCCAAGUACUGGAAGACAUGCAAAGUACGUUGCUGGAGAUGCGCUGUCAAGUCCACUCAGAGCUAGCAGUUAUUGAAGAGGAGGACGGACGCCUUGAGGCUUCUUUGACUCACCUUCAGAAAGCCAUGCUGCUGGAUAACGGGACACAACGAGAACGCCUGUCGUCUGCUUUCCGCCUCCUGCAGCUCAGAGGAACCCUCUACCAAACGCCCUCCCGGACCAAGGACAAAGCCGCUAUGCUUAUGCAGCAGGCCAGGGAUAUGCUGCCCCAAGACAGGACAAACAUUCGUCCCAUCCUGGUUGCUGUGGGUCUUCUUUUGGCCCCUGAUGAUUUCCAGAUGGUGCUGGAUGCUGACAACACCUCCAAAAUUCCUGUAGGCAGUCAUGGAUCUGGACCAGUGGCUCAGCUCUCUGCAAAGGCUCAGCAUCACUCUGCAUGUGUACAGAAGGUCGAUGGACACCUGGCCAGAAAAGGAGAUGACACAGACAACACAGAGAGCAUGAUGUUGUGGGCAACACUGGUGAAGACAGCCAGGAAACUGGAAGUUUGGGAUGUGUGCCGAGCUGCUUGCCGAUUCUGUUUGCUUUACGAUGAUGGAAGAUGGAAGAUUUCCAAGACUGACCAUCCAGAAUGUGGAUGCAAGGAGGAAGAAAGCUGUGCAGAAUGUCUUGAUAGUUGCAAUGGACGCCAAACCUGUGUGAGGGAUUUUCUGCGCCUUUUAGCUGAAAUCUGCUUCAUCAGUGCUGAGGCCACCGUCCAAAAGUUGCUAACAGAGGGGGUGCAGCUUAACAGCCCUGUUGUACCUGCAAUGGAAAGUGAGCUGUGCCUGUCUGAAGAGGAUCCACACUGGGUUGUUUACAGAGACUGGAUCCAAGCUCUGUCUGCCUACGGCACCUCCAACUUCUUGCGGGCAGCGGAGCUCGGAGUAGAGAUCAGAGAGCCGUGGGUGGUGGCUAAUGCAGCCAUUUACCUGUGGAACUACAGCAGCCACUUGUUGGCAGCUGGGGAGUACCAAUGCCUGCUGCCCACCUUCCAGAGUCUGGUGGCAAUGCUCCAAAAGAUUAAGUUCACUGGGAAUCGUGCUUUGUUUGUGCUGCUGUGUGAUGCUGUGGCCCGAGGGUUGAUCCAGCCUCUUUGUAGACCUGACAGCACUGAGCUAGCCCCGCCAGGAGACAAGGACAUAAACAAACCUAAGAAGGGGAUGGAGAAGGCUGCCGCUGUCAGUGGGGUUCUCUUAGACCCUGUUGCCCUUCAGGAUGUCCACAAGGCAUCAGAGCUGUGUGACUACGCCCUUUGCAUAUCCAACAUCCCAGGGGAGACCGUUCCCAUCGCAGCAAGGAAGCAGGUAGUGGCCACAUGGGUGCAGAUCAAGAGGCUCUUGCAACAGCAGAUUGGCUCAAAGAUGGACAAUAAGGAUGAGAGUGAGAAUGACGAAGUGUCAGUGAUGACGCGUGUGCUGGUUGGAGUGGAAAUGCUCCAGUGCAAUAGGGACCCGAGGCAUAUGGAGUUCUCUGUUCCCAGUCUCUCAACACUGGUGAGCAUGGCAUCUGAAUGCAGCUGGACUGACGCUGUGGUGAAGUUGCAUGUGUUGUGCCAGCUGGCUGCCUUCUGCCACAAUGCCAAGAACCACAGCUUGGUGUUGUGCUGCACCAAGAACGCUCUGCAACUGGAAGAAGCAGCAGCAAAAAGCCUCAACACCAUGCCCUGUGUUUUGUAUGGCCUGACUGCGGUGAAUGAGAUGCUGAGUAUUGCCUGUUGUUUGAGGGGUUUAAGUUUAGUCCAUGAGUCCAAUGGAGAUCUACACACUUACAGAGAGGCUUUGAGGGUGCUUCUGUCCAGUGUCAGCUAUGCAGAGAAGGCUGAGAAUCCAGCAAUGUGUGUCACUGCUGCCAGGCAUUACUGGAACACAUGUUUACCCCUGACACAGACUCCUGAGGAUAGAUGGCAACUCCAAGAGUCCCUGGAGAAGAUUCUGUUUGCUCUGGUUCACACUAACACAAAACAUGCAAAUAAAAGGGGCAGAGUGAAAGACUUGCUGACCUCGACAGCACUGCCUCUCGGGAGUUCUAAACGUGAAGCAACAGAUGAAGAGGACCUAAUCCUGAAAGCAGCCAUUUACAGCUUGUUGCUCCACAACCACAUUGAUAAAUCAGCCUGGAAAAGUGCUUUGCAGCUGCUGGACCAAGCAAUUAGAGACAUGCCUAUCACCAAACACCGACUACCUCUGCUGAAACACCGAAUUCUGGUAAAAGCACGACUGGGAGAAAAUGUACUGACAGACAUGCAGAUGUUACAAGACGAAGGAGAGCAGUGCUGUUCAUUUAUGUGGCACCAGGUGGCACUGUGUGCUGGCAGUCUAACCCAACAGCUCACCUGCUACCAGAAAUCCAUCACCUCUUUGUUGAAUGUAGAGACUCAGUGGCAGAAGGUCAACCUUCUACUAGAGUUUGGAGAGUGGCUGUACUGUCACAACUUCCCCAAAGACAAUGCCCAACACCAGGUCCAGUGGGCCAUAGAUAUCCUUCUACACUUGGAAACUGAACAUGCAGAAGGAGCAGAGGAUAAGUCGAAAAAAAUGGAUUUAAGCUCUGUGAAAUGUGAGUCCCUGGUGGGAGUCCAGGGCUUGUUAUUCACACAAAGUUUGUCAAAUCUGAAGGAGGUGCGGCACCUUGACAGCUUAGUACGAGCACACACUCUGCUCGCUGUCAUGGCAGACAAGACCUCACCUGAGCACCAGCUUAACCUGCUCAGAGCCUACAGUUUUGUGCUUCAAAUAUGGCAGGUGUCCAUGGCAGUGGCUUGUGAGAUUUCCAAUGAGAUGGCAAAGAGCCAGCCACCCCAGCCUCCUCCCUCUGGUGGAUCCAAAAAAGACAAAGACAAAGGCAAAAAAAUAAAAGAGCCUCCCCCGUCAGAAGAGAGACCUAAACCUGUUUCCUUGGAUCCGACAAUUCCUUCCAGCCCAAAGGACUGGGCUCGCUACGUCUGUCCUGACCUGGCCAGGCAGAUCUUCAGAAGCAACAUUAACCUCCACUGUAUCAAUCCACAGAGCAUACCAAAGCAGACUCAAAGCCUGUUUUAUCUCAACCUUCUGGAUAAAGAGCUCCACUCACUCUCACUCGACCACCUGACCCUACCGAUAAUGCAUCUAGCUGAGACCAUUGCUAAUGACCUUUUGGAUAGGAGGAGCCUCUCCGACCUCUACCGACUUAGAAUUCUAAGGACUUGUUGUCAGCUGGGUUUGGAGACACAUUCACCAUAUCAGGAGAAGCUCCUGAAUCUGAGUAGAAUCCAAGAACAAGAGCGGAUGGGGUGCCGAAAAGCGAUUGCUGUUUUACAUGAGAGGAGAGGCUUUCUCAAAGCUUACAAUCAGAAAGGUAAGGUGGAUGAAAAGGCUGCGUCUGGGCAGCAAAGUAUGGAUGUGUGUGCUCAGGACAUCUGGCUGGACAAAGCUGAGGUUUGCCUCAGCAUGGGGCUCUUCCAACCAGCCAGGCAGCUCCUGGCAGAGGCCCACUUUGUGGCUAUGGAGCUUGGAGACCAGAAAGCAAUGGCUAGAAGCUUGCUCAGUCUGGCCAUUCUGGCUUGUGAAGAGGAGGACAAUGCCCAGGCUUUGAACCUGCUGGAUAAAGCCCAAGCCCUCGGUGGGGAUGAGGAGUUCUGGUACCAGCUCACCCUCACCAAGGUCAGAGCUGUAGUGGGCAAGAGAGACGAGGACGCACACACCAAGGCUGAUCAGAUUAUAAAACAAGGCUGUGGUGCUCUGAAGCUGGUCAUGGAGCAGAGGGUAAACAGAGUCCCAGGAAUCACAUUCCUGAUCACCUCAUUAGAGAUGAGAGGUGCCAUCGAAUGUAUACGAUCCGUUGCUGGUGGGGAACCUGGAGGGCCACUCAGCACCGAGGUUGUCGAGAGGAUAAUGGCUGCCUGUGAUACACUCAGAGAGUGUGCCAGUGGUUUCACCAAACUCAGCUACAGAGAACAUGCAGCCGAGGCACGUGUAGAGUUCGCACAUGGUCUGAGAAUCCUAGCCAACCAUACUACUUACACAGAAGACAAACAACGCUUCCUUCUUGAUGGCCUUUCCCAAAUGCAGCUAGGUGUUGCAGAGCAGGAACAUGUGGCAAUGAAUGCUCAGAGACUGCUCACCUCACAGGAGGAGAGUCAUGGACUGUCACUGAAAGCCAUGCGGAGGCUGCUGCGUCUGCGAGUGGCCCUGGCAGAAUUUUGUUUGGCCGUGCUGGAGGAACAUUGUGCUGAAGAGAAACGCCAAGCUCUGGCCCGCGAGAGGAAGACCUCUGCUGAGAUAGCACUGGAGGAGUUUACACGCUGCACACCUGAGCCAAACUCUAUAAAACAGGAAUGGGUGAGUGUUGUCAGUACCUUGGGGCAGGUGGCUCUGGGCCAGCUGGCUACAGUCAGCUCUCACUCCCUGGACAACAUGGAGACCAAAGCAUGCUGCCUGAGUCUGAUGGGAAAGUACUUAAGACUGCUGGCUGUGCAAGAGGACCCCAUUUAUCUGUGUGCUCUCUGGGACAGACACAAACAGAAGGAGGCCUGGGCUUACCCUAAAGCUAUUUACAUGGAAGAGGAAAAAUCAGAGAAAGAGAAAAACAGAGAAUCAAGCAAAAGAGAGCCAAGGGUGACCUCUGCCAAAAGUGCUGAGCUGCAGCAGGGGAGGAGGCAUAGAGCCCAGCAGCUGUUGGCAAGGGCCAGUAAGGCUCUGGCUGAGGCCAUCAACCUGUGUCUCCAACACAAGCUGCCUUCCUCAAUCCUGGCUGAUGCCUCUCUCAACAUGUUGGAGUGUCAUGGCCAGUCUGACCCUGCAGUGGCAGGUCAAUAUAUUGCCCUGUUUCAGAGCUGCUGCACUGCCGCUAUGAUGGCCGAGGUCCUACGUUCUGCUUGUGCUGGCACUAGAGUGUCCCAGCUCUCCGCUCUGCUCUGCCUUCACAGGAAGCUGCUCCUCUCUCAGGAGGAGAGGCCCAGCAGCAUGCUUAAGGGAGUGGAAGACUCCCUCAACAGCCUCUCCAAGGCCUUUAGCCACCUGACCAUCUGUCCCAGCCACCUAAAUAUCCUUGCAGAGCUCCCGCCUAACCUGAAAAUCCUGCUGCUUCAGCACUCUGAAGAUGGGUCAGAACUUUAUGGAGCUUUCUAUGAGAUGACCAAAGUUCCAAAUCAAAAGGGAAAGACUACACAAGUUACAGGUACCCUGACGUGUUCUAGGGUGGCCAAGGUUUCAGUCUACCCACAGGCUCUGCUGGCACUGAGGGAGCAAACCCGGACCUUUGGCCAGGAGACAAGACAUGCUCUCCUCAAGCAAGCCUGUUGGCACAGUGCUGAGGGCAGGCUGGAGGCCUCAGAGGAGCAUCAUGUUUUUCCCCGUAAUACUGCUGCAGAAAAAAUGUUAGGACCCCACUUCAGAGAAAUUGUACAAGAUAUGGAAGACUAUUUGAAUCCACUUCUCACACAGUUUGACUUCUCAUGCUUAAGGCCCCAGGCGGCAUCACUACCAGUCCCUGAGAUGACCAAAGCCAAAGAUAAAGAAGAGAAAGGGAGUUCAGGUAAAUUACCAGAAGAACCAGGGGAGUAUGUAAUUUUGCUGGCAGACAAGAAGUUACUUGAGUUGCCACUGGAAGCCUUGUCCAUUCUGCAGGACGAAAGCCUGAGUUCUGUGUCACGAGACUUCUCCCUCCAGCUUCUCCACAGUCGCCUGAACAGAUUAGAACCAGACAAAGUUGAAAGUGACAACAAAAAGGAGACCAAAGGUGGCAAGGGAACUAAGGGGAAGGGAGAUCAAAGCCAAGCCAUCAAAGUGAAUCAAGUGUUGCCUUCUAACACCUUCCCAGUGGACAUACGUAAACUUAAAUAUGUUGUUGACCCUCACAAUGAAGGCUACUUUGAAGGGACCAGUCUAUGCACGAGGAUGCAGGAGUUUUUGGAAACCCACAGCCAGCAUUUUACCCAUCUGUGGGAGGGCUUCAUGGGCAGCAAACAAACGCCCAGUCUGUCGAAGAUGGAGCAGCUGCUGUGCAGAUGCAGUGCCUUCAUUUACCUGGGGAUGGAGCGCUUCAUGGCAAACAUUCCACCUGCCAAACUGGCAGCCCUCAAUCUGUCUGAAUGUCACAUGGCUCUGCUCUUUGACUUGGUUCAGAACAAUGCCAGUGUUCUCCGCCAAUCAAACCUUGACCUGCACAAGAGUGAAGGACAGUUUGACCUGGAAAAGCCCCUUAAGACUGCUCUGCUGUUCAGUAUGGAUGGUGUUGGCUGUAUUGCACUCAACCAGUGGCACAGCAGCCUUCAACAGAACACACACAUGAUGGCCAAUGUCCUAGACAAUCUACUGAGGGUCAGACAGACCUCUGGCCAGACUAUCCAUGCCCUGAGGAGAAGGGACAGCUCAGAGAAACCACAUCAUAUGCUUACAGGAUCAUAUGAUCAAGUGCUCCUUGCUGACUCAAAGGAAGAUGAUGUUCACCACAAAACGACUGUCACACCAUCAGCCUUCAACUGCAUUCUUUAUGGACUCCCUAACCUAACUGUCAUGUAAUAUGCUGUUUAUCCUAAUUUUAUUUCAUUUCAUUUUUCAUAUGAUUACAGGAAUACAUAUCGGCUUUGAAGAUAUUACUCUCUGCAAAACACUAAAGCUACUGUAGAAUGAGCGAGUUAGAUUUUCAUCAAAAGUGAUCCUCACUUCUACGUUUUCCACUGUCAUUUCUUAACAAUACUGAUUUUAUACUUGAUGUUUUUUUUACGUUUUUUACGUUAGACGUAACUCCAUAAAAAAGGCUGAAGCUCUCAGGGCUCUGGGAGAGGGUAGAUUAUAGAUAUUCAUCUAUACAGUACAUGGCUUGGAUUAAAUGCCAAUGUUACUGCUUACCUUGUCCGGACAAGUUGUACCUUUGGUAUCUCUGCCUUGCAGAUCGCACUCAGUAUAGUGCAUAGUGUAAACGUGAGAAAUGAAUCUCAGGGCCAGUAAACACUCUGACAGGACCAGCAGCCCUGCUCUAACAUAACAGAAAUCCUGCAAUAAGAUGACUGAGCUGCAAAACAAAGGCUCAUAGUGAGGUAUGCUUUGCAUGUAGGAUGCAGCUUUAUCUUGCAGCUGUAAUUGAAGUUCUGUUAUUGCUUGUAAUGUCUAUUUACUCAAUCCUUGUUAAUGGUAGCUGAUUUAGUCUCUUGUUGAAAGUAUUUACUUCAGUUAUGUUGUCUUGACUCGUGACAUGAAAUUAUCUUUUAAUUAAACAA